UCCACUACUACGAGAGUUUAAUGUCUUCCACUAGAUUCAGUUCUGUCGUAACCUUUGGUAGGAAAACAACUUUGGCGCGACAAUACGCGAGUUCGUUCGGUUUACGAAGUUUUUAAUUCCAACAAGAAGAAGAGAUAAGCGAAUAUGGUUAAAUAGAUAUUCGAUGAGAAUAUUGAUUCCUCGUAUUUAAGAUGGUAUUAGUUCUAAACGGGGUUCUACAAGAAGACUGCCCUCUAGAUUCCCGAUCUUUAUACCUGACACAUCCGAUUUAUAGGGAAACAGCCGGACAGUUACUCAAUGUACCGAAUAAAAUAAUAGGAACUGUCGGUUUGCUUUACGUUCAACAGAGGGAACUGGCUGCCACUGUACCACACGACAAAAAUGUUAGCAUCCUCGGGGCAGACGAUGUUACCACUUGCUUGAUAGUAGUCGUAAGACAUUCUGGAUCGGGAGCGGUAGCGAUGGCUCAUCUCGAUGGCUCAGGCACCGAUGAAGCUGUUUGCACAAUGGUGCAAAGAGUUCAAGAGCUCGCGUUGGGUUAUCCAGAAGGGAGAAUAGAGCUUCAAUUAAUUGGUGGUUUCAACGAUCCCAGACAUUAUUCCGACGAAAUAUUCUAUAACGUCAUAAAUUCGUUCCACAAACAUCCCAUAGAAAUCGACUUGACCCUUGCGUGUACAGGUGAAUUGAACACUACAGUUAGAGGUGGAAUUCAUUGGCCAAUUAUUUACGGAGUCGGAUUCAACGUUAAAACUGGCGAAAUUUUUCCGGCGACCUUUCCAGACAAAGGUCCAGAUCAUUCGUUAAGAUGCGCCAGAUAUCUUACUGGAGUCCCUCAGGUCUUGGACAUAUACGAUUAUUCUCUUGGAAUGUUACGAAUAGGACCGUUCAAUUACGAACCGUUAAGAGGCGUAGAUUUAUGGUUAGAACAAAGCGAUGAUUUCAUACUGCAGCAUCUGUCUACAUCGCCGGAAGUACAACCGCCGCAUUUCGUAAUGCAGAUUAGAGCUACGCUGAAAUACAUACAAGAAAACCAGUUUCCCGCAGUGACCGUCUUCAGGGAUAAUCGUCCUCACUAUUUUAGACGGGAUGAACAUUCUGGCAGCUGGGCACCUAUUAGAUUUUAAUUUUAGAAUACCCAUCAUUGUUUUGCUAUGUAAUUUGUUAUUUAAUACGGAAAUACUAAAAUAA